GUGUGUGUGUAUAUAUAUAUAUAAUAUUAUCACGUGUGUAAUAAAUAGUACACGAGAAUUCGAGAAAUACAUAAAUAGAUCCAUGCGCUUUCGCGUCUUUUUCAUCCACCGGUCUCUGGGGAAUAAGAAGAGUGAAUUAUCGCAUGAUUCCGCGUUUUUGAUUAAACCGCACCUGCACGUUUCUACGCGUGCUCAACCUUUCUUAUCUCUCUUUCCUCUCGCAAGACGUGCGCGUGCGUUUAGUCGAAUUGCUUGAAAAUAUAUUGUUGUUUUUCUAUAAUUACACUUCUACGUUCCUUUCUUUUCUUCUUCCCGGAAUGUUGUGUUGUGUUUAUUUAAAUUCUGCGUAUCGGAAUACAGUGAUUGAAAAAAACCGUGUUUUUUAUGGGUUAGAUUCAACCUUUCUUAAAUAUACAUUACGUUUUGUUACGUAUCGGUAAAGAAGGAAUUAAAUAGAUAUUUGGAUUUUUUUGGAGAUUUAGUGUUUUAUUUAAUUGAAUUAACAAUAUUUGACAUUAUGUCGACGACGCUGGCGUUACCGCAAAAGAAAUAUUAUAGACAACGGGCACAUUCAAAUCCAAUUGCCGAUCACUGCAUUGAAUAUCCCAUAAAACCAGAAUUGAUGGAUUGGAGCAGCUUAUAUCCACAAUAUUUUCAGAGCAAUACACAGCAAAUAUCAGAAGCGCAGAAACGUGUAGAAUUUGCAGACAUUGGUUGCGGCUAUGGAGGAUUAUUGGUUACUCUAUCACCAAUGUUCCCGGAUAAUUUAAUACUUGGCAUGGAAAUCAGAGUAAAAGUAUCUGAUUAUGUUAUGGAUCGCAUUGCUGCUUUACGAUCACAAAAUCCUGGCCAAUAUCAAAAUAUUGCUUGUCUGAGAACAAAUGCCAUGAAAUAUCUGCCAAAUUAUUUUUACAAAGGACAGCUGAAGAAGAUGUUUUUCUUAUAUCCAGAUCCACAUUUCAAAAAAUCAAAGCAUAAAUGGAGAAUAAUAAACAAGUCUCUGUUAGCGGAAUACGCUUAUGUUCUAGCUGAAGAAGCUAUUGUAUAUACUGUAACAGAUGUGGAAGAUUUGCAUAAAUGGAUAGUUCAACACUUCCAAGAACAUCCAUUGUUCGAAGAAGUUACCAAACAGGAUUUAGAAGCAGAUCCUAUAGUAGAUAAAUUAUAUGAAAGCACUGAAGAAGGCAAGAAAGUCACCAGAAAUAAAGGAGAUAAAUUUCUGGCUGUGUUUAGAAGAAUCAAGGAUCCUUAUAUAACGAACAGCUAGCAGUCGCAAUUGCGCUGAUUCUAAAUAGGGAUAUUUGUCUUGAAGUAGUCUUGAAGUAGGACGUAGUAGUCCCAUUUCUAAAAUGGAAAUUGCAAAAAUCAAAAUUAUCAACGUAUAUUUUUUUAGAAAUAAAAUAUAUUUACAAUAUAUAAUAUAAUAAUAUAAUAUAAUAAUACCUCCUUUUAUUGUCUUUUUUCUGCUCGUACUAGGUAUCAUGUACAAAUAAUCUGUAUAUCUGAUAUCUACACGCUGAAUUAAAUGUGCAGUCUGCAAAGC